GUGUACUACACACACAAAAAGACUUUUCCCCUUAUUCAUCAUUUGGUUUCCAACAAUUUAGAUCAGAAAAAGAGAUGGCGAUUAGAACAAGCUGCUUCCUGAAUCUACGUCCCUCAAGCCCUUCUUUCGCUCCAAAGACCACUUCUCAAGUUUCAUGCAGCAAAAAAGUGGAGGAGAAAUUAGGAAGGAAAUGCCCAUCCAUAGUAGGAGUGGCAAGCGUGAUAAUCGGAUUGGAACUGGUGAGUUCAGUGAUGAUGGCGAGCAGCGAGUUGGGCCAACAAGCCAUUGCCCAAGAAAUGCCGUUUUUACAAAAGCCCAAUCACGAGGCCGCCGUCAGAGUCGCCAAAUGGAGCGACAGAAGAAUGUGCCCGCCGUGGCAUACCAACUCCCUCGAGUCCAUCGUGCCGGAGAAUCUUCCCCGGCCCUCAGCUCGCCGCCGGUGGGAAUCCGUCGGUCACGCCACCCACGCGCCGCCGCUCAAAGUCGACGGCGUUAGAACCUCCGGCGACUGCUUUUCUAUGUGAUUGAAUCAUGAUCAAUUUGUAGUUUACUUAAUUAGUCAAAAAAUAAAUGUAUAGUUAAGACUUAGAUACGGAAUUAAUGAUUAAAAGGUCAUUAUUAUGGCUUGUUUGAGCCGAAAAGAAUUGGAAUUCGAUAUUUUUGUUCAGAAAUAUCAACGCAUCGGUCUCUGACUGUGGGUUUCGAUCAGUUGGGCAAUUUGGGAAUUGUGUUGCUUGUGGAAGUUCAAUUUGUGUAGUACAAUGUUGGCGUUAUUUUGGAA